UCAUUAGGUAUUCUAAUUAGUAUUAUUGGUAUUAUUGCUACAAUUACGUUACGUGUAUCAGUAUUAAGAAUAUAUGCAUCAUGUUUAUGGCUUUUAAUGAUAUUUGGUAUAAUUAUUGGAAUUAUUGGUAUUAUAUUUGCAUCUCAAGUAGAUGGAUUUGAGGAUGAUGAUCGAUUACUUAAUCCAAAUUUAGUUGAAAAAAAUUAUCAUGAAGAAAAAUUUUUAUUGGGUAUGAAUGGAGGUUUAACCUUAUUUAUGAGUUUAACAAUGCUUGUUGGUAUUAUUAUUAUUCAUUGUUUGAUUGGUGAUGUAAAUCACUCAAACGGUCAUACUUAUGUUCGAUCGAAAUAA